UAGGGAACGUCUAGGAGCAGAACAGAUCCUUGCUUAUUGCCUAGUGGUUCUUUCUACUGACAUUUGCCUAUAUUCUUUAAGGAAAGAAGAAAAAAAUAUCCCAGAUAUUAAAUAUGUAUAUCCAAGUGCAUACCACAAAAGAUAGUUCAGAUUCUGACACAUCUUUAGAGACAAAACCAGAGAAUAUUCCAGGAAAGUCUAAAUCACCGAGGAGAGAGAGUAGAAAACAAAGACUUACACCCUUUCAAGAUAAAAAUGAAGAGUCAGAACUAGAACUGUUUUUGAAGCCUAUGGACAAACCGUAUGAGAUUCAAAUACCUGACUCAGUGAAGGCAGUGAUAAAUAGAAUUGAACAAUCUCAACUAGCUCGAGCCAAAGAGGAAAUGAGAGCACAACUUGAUAGCAUAAUGCAGCAAGUAAAUCGAAUUAUAAAUCGUUACCCAGGGGAUAUUGAGCUGGAUGCAUUCAGAAAAAUGGAAGCCUCAAGGGAAAGAAGUUUAAGACAAUAUCGAGCUCAAAUAUUGGAACAAAUAUACCAGGCUUUGCAGGCUGCUGAUACUAAGGAAAGAAUACUAACUGAACUUCUACUCUGGUUGGAAGAGUGGCAUGCCAUUUUGUCUCAGGCAUUGAUCAAUGAAGAAGAUGAAGAAGACUACUUCAAGUGGAUAGCAAGCAUGGAAAAUUUGCCGAAUACCCUCAGUAAUGCUGAGGUCAAUAUCAAUUCACUGAUUGCCUUAGGCAUUCUUUUCUUAAAAGACAAGAAAAGACAAAAGAAAAGAUUAAUAUCCAAAGGUGCCCUGUGGAAAGACUGGAGAGAAAAAGUUCUACGGAAACCUGUAAGUGGACAUCCUUUGAAACCAGACCAAAUGAUCAAGGAGGAAGGCUUGACCAGCACCAGGGUCUCUGAAGUCCUUGACAUGCUGCAGGAACUCAUCAAUUCUGGCAUGUUCAACAAAGGUGAAAUAAAUGUUAUUAAAUACAUGUCCACAAUGGUAUCAAAUCUUCACAAGGCCUUGGGGGUCCAAAAUCAAGAGAUUAAAAAUCUAAUUUUCCAAUGUGCCAACAUGGGAUCAGAAAUAAAAGAAUAUUAUGGAAUUGAGAAACAGACCUACCAACGGACAGUCCAAGUCCUCAGUGAUAAAAACGAGGCACUUGAGAAGGAAUUGCAAGAUCAAGAAGAAAAAUGCAUGGACCUUCUUCAGGUCAAAGCAAAUUUAGAACAUCAGCUGAACAUGGCUAAUGUAGGGACAAAAUUAUCUACUGAUGAGUCUGUUAAAAGAAAGAGGGCUCUUCUACUAAGACUACAGGAAAAAAUCAAGCAGGAUUCUGUGGAGGCCCCUGAUGCUCAGAAAUCUGAAGAAUCAUUACAACAGGAACUGCUUGAAGAAGUACAGGAAGUGUCCCAGAAAGAGGAGGGUUUACCCAGUAAAAAACCACGCAAGAGUAUUAAGUGGGGCAUAAACAAACUCAAGAGUCAAAUGUUAACAGAGAAAUUGACCCAGGCAGCAAAGAGCCUUGCUGGUUUGGAAAAAGGUUCAAAAGAAGAAGAACUUGAAGGAAAGCUGCCCCCUGAGAGGGUCUCUCGGGGAAGGGUCUCCCUAGAUCAAGCUGUGUUCUCCAAGUGGAAAAUGAAAAUAAAAAGUGCUGAAUCCAAAGACCAGGAAGGCCAAGUGGAAGAAGGACUUCAGGCAGAUCUAUCUCAGGUGGGGAAAAUUCUGGAACCGUCAGCUGAGCCACUGGCAAAAAGGAAGCUCAAGUCAGGCCAAAUCGUUCGGGAGGACUUAGAAAGUCAGAGAGAGGCAGGUGAACUUUCUGAGUCCCAAAUCCGGAGAAGGAAGACCAAGGGAAGCCUGGGUGAAGCUACCGAGGCCCAAAUCCACAAAAAGAAGUCCAAGGAUAUCUCGAUUCCUGAAGAAGUGCCUGACUUUGCCCCAGCUAAAGCUGAAGGCCCGGUUGUUAAGUCAAAGGCAGGCAAAAAGGGAAAGGGAAAAAAGGGAGCCAUUGUGCCAGAAAAGGAAAAAAGUGUGUCUGAACCUGGAACGGGAAUCCAGCAAGACUACCAGAAAGCCUUAAUGUCUUUCCUGCAACAAAAGAUCGAUAGUCUGGUGAAAGAGGAUCUCAAGGGCGAAUUAAAGGAUCAGGUCCCCAAGAGCCCAGAGGCUCAAAAGUCAUUUAAAAUGGUUAAGGAAAAGAUCGAUGAAUACUUCCAAAAAAUGGUGGAAAUUUUGACUGCCACCUUGAAGAAAGAACAAGAGAAAAAAUCAGGAAAACCUGCAGAGCCUGCAAAGGGGGCAAAGAAAGCAGCCGGAGCCAUACCUCCACCAAUUUCCACCUUGCCUCCAGAGAAAAUGGAUUCAACCAUGCAAAACCUGUACAAACAGCUCAUAGCCCAAUUGGAAGCACUCAAGGAAGGAGAAGCAGCAGGAAAGGCUUCCAAGGAGGUGGGGGAAGACAAAAUGGAUGCUCAAAUUAAGCCACCUCUCUCAAAUGCCGAUUUCAUAAAACAACUUCAGGAAGAAAGACGAGUGUGGAAGGAGACACAACAACAAAAUCGCGAGAAAUUAAAGGAAUCGGACUCGUGGUUCAGGAGACAGGAGGAAAAGAACAAAUGGGAAGAGAAGCAGUCUCAGUGGCAGGCAGAGGAGGAGCUGUGGGAGUCAAUGCGGGAGCACUGGAAGCAGAAGGAGAAGAAGCAUGAGGCAAAACGGAAACAGUGGGAGGAGGAGGCAACUCAGCAUCUGAUGGAUGUAGAGGACCUAGAUCAAUGGAAGGAGGAAAUGGUCCACAGGUAUCAGGACAAAGUAGACAGUCAACAGAAGGAAAUACAGAACCAAGGGGAGAUGCUUCGGAUGCUUUUUGCGGAGAAGGGUGCAGCGUGGCAGAAAUCUCAAGAAGAGACGCAGGAUCAAUCCAAGGAGAUCCUGACCUCGAAACCAUCUCUGGUACUCAGGGUAGAGUCCUCUCCAAUAAUGAUGAUGCCAGAGGAUAUGGAUGAGGUGACUCCAAGACAAGAUGUAGCCUAUCUCCCUGGUGAGAAGGGAUAUGAUGAAUCCCAAGUCAGUUACCUAGCCUCUGUUGCCUCAAUGAAAGCCGGAAUAUUGGGGGUCCAACCAGAGGCUGCCCCUGAAGAAAAAUCAGUAUCAUGGAGCCCUAGUUCUGUUCCUAGGGAAGCUACAUCAUCAUACCCUAUUAGCUCUGGGUUAAUUCCCACUACAAGGACAAGUGAGGUACCUGGGGAAACCCCAACACGGCAGAGAUCUAUGGCCCCUGGGGAAAUUACAUCAUUGGGCCCUGCUGCUACUGGGCAGUCCCCAUUAUUAGGACCACCUUUAGCCACUGGGCAGCCUCCAAGUCCAGGGACCCCUACCUUAUCUGGAGAAAUUUCAGCCGUAUGGCCCACUGAUGUACUUGAGCAACCCUUACUAUCCAUGUAUCCUGUCAUCCCUGAUGACACCACAAAAUUGUUGGGUCCUACUACCACUGGGGAAAGGCAAGUAUCCUGGGUCUCACCCAGCUUGGAGGUCAUCCAAGAGUCCCAGGUUUCUGCUGCCCCUGGAGAAGUCCCAGAAUCCUGGGCCCCUCCUCCCGUGGGGCCCCACCAAGCAGCCCAGGUUCCAGCUGCCCCUGGGAAAGACACAUCCUCCUUGGCCCGUGGCACCAUGGAGCUCCUCCAAGCACUACAGGCUGCUGCCUCUGGGGAAACCCGAGCAUCCUUGGCUCCUGGCCCCUUGGGGGACCUUCAAAGAUUGCAGGCUGCUGCUGCCCGUGGGGAAAUCCCAGCAUCCUUGGCCCCUGGAACUUUGGAGUUGUUGCAAGAACUGCAGGCUGCUGCUGCCCGUGGGGAAACACCAGCAUCCUUGGCCCCUGGAACGUUGGAGUUGCUGCAAGAACUGCAGGCUGCUGCUGCCCGUGGGGAAACACCAGCAUCCUUGGCCCCUGGAACUUUGGAGUUGCUUCAAGAACUGCAGGCUGCUGCUGCCCGUGGGGAAACACCAGCAUCCUUGGCCCCUGGAACGUUGGAGUUGCUGCAAGAACUGCAGGCUGCUGCUACCCGUGGGGAAACACCAGCAUCCUUGGCCCCUGGAACUUUGGAGUUGCUUCAAGAACUGCAGGCUGCUGCUGCCCGUGAGAAAACACCAGCAUCCUUGACCCCUGGAACUUUGGAGUUGCUUCAAGAACUGCAGGCUGCUGCUACCCGUGGGGAAACACCAGCAUCCUUGGCUCCUGGCCCCUUGGGGGACCUUCAAAGAUUGCAGGCUGCUGCUGCCCGUGGGGAAAUCCCAGCAUCCUUGGCCCCUGGAACUUUGGAGUUGUUGCAAGAACUGCAGGCUGCUGCUGCCCGUGGGGAAACACCAGCAUCCUUGGCCCCUGGAACGUUGGAGUUGCUGCAAGAACUGCAGGCUGCUGCUGCCCGUGGGGAAACACCAGCAUCCUUGGCCCCUGGAACUUUGGAGUUGCUUCAAGAACUGCAGGCUGCUGCUGCCCGUGGGGAAACACCAGCAUCCUUGGCCCCUAGAACGUUGGAGUUGCUGCAAGAACUGCAGGCUGCUGCUACCCGUGGGGAAACACCAGCAUCCUUGGCCCCUGGAACUUUGGAGUUGCUUCAAGAACUGCAGGCUGCUGCUGCCCGUGAGAAAACACCAGCAUCCUUGACCCCUGGAACUUUGGAGUUGCUUCAAGAACUGCAGGCUGCUGCUACCCGUGGGGAAACACCAGCAUCCUUGGCUCCUGGCCCCUUGGGGGACCUUCAAAGAUUGCAGGCUGCUGCUGCCCGUGGGGAAAUCCCAGCAUCCUUGGCCCCUGGAACUUUGGAGUUGUUGCAAGAACUGCAGGCUGCUGCUGCCCGUGGGGAAACACCAGCAUCCUUGGCCCCUGGAACGUUGGAGUUGCUGCAAGAACUGCAGGCUGCUGCUGCCCGUGGGGAAACACCAGCAUCCUUGGCCCCUGGAACUUUGGAGUUGCUUCAAGAACUGCAGGCUGCUGCUGCCCGUGGGGAAACACCAGCAUCCUUGGCCCCUAGAACGUUGGAGUUGCUUCAAGAACUGCAGGCUGCUGCUGCCCGUGGGGAAACACCAGCAUCCUUGGCCCCUAGAACGUUGGAGUUGCUCCAAGAACUGCAGGCUGCUGCUGCCCGUGGGGAAACACCAGCAUCCUUGGCCCCUAGAACGUUGGAGUUGCUGCAAGAACUGCAGGCUGCUGCUGCCCGUGGGGAAACACCAGCAUCCUUGGCCCCUGGAACUUUGGAGUUGCUUCAAGAACUGCAGGCUGCUGCUGCCCGUGGGGAAACACCAGCAUCCUUGGCCCCUGGAACGUUGGAGUUGCUGCAAGAACUGCAGGCUGCUGCUGCCCGUGGGGAAACACCAGCAUCCUUGGCCCCUGGAACGUUGGAGUUGCUUCAAGAACUGCAGGCUGCUGCUGCCCGUGGGGAAACACCAGCAUCCUUGGCCCCUAGAACGUUGGAGUUGCUGCAAGAACUGCAGGCUGCUGCUGCCCGUGGGGAAACACCAGCAUCCUUGGCCCCUAGAACGUUGGAGUUGCUGCAAGAACUGCAGGCUGCUGCUGCCCGUGGGGAAACACCAGCAUCCUUGGCCCCUAGAACGUUGGAGUUGCUGCAAGAACUGCAGGCUGCUGCUGCCCGUGGGAAAACUCCAGCAUCCUUGGCCCCUGGAACGUUGGAGUUGCUUCAAGAACUGCAGGCUGCUGCUGCCCGUGGGGAAACACCAGCAUCCUUGGCCCCUAGAACGUUGGAGUUGCUUCAAGAACUGCAGGCUGCUGCUGCCCGUGGGGAAACACCAGCAUCCUUGGCCCCUGGAACGUUGGAGUUGCUCCAAGAACUGCAGGCUGCUGCUGCCCGUGGGGAAACACCAGCAUCCUUGGCCCCUAGAACGUUGGAGUUGCUGCAAGAACUGCAGGCUGCUGCUGCCCGUGGGGAAACACCAGCAUCCUUGGCCCCUGGAACGUUGGAGUUGCUGCAAGAACUGCAGGCUGCUGCUGCCCGUGGGAAAACUCCAGCAUCCUUGGCCCCUGGAACGUUGGAGUUGCUUCAAGAACUGCAGGCUGCUGCUGCCCGUGGGGAAACACCAGCAUCCUUGGCCCCUAGAACGUUGGAGUUGCUUCAAGAACUGCAGGCUGCUGCUGCCCGUGGGGAAACACCAGCAUCCUUGGCCCCUGGAACGUUGGAGUUGCUCCAAGAACUGCAGGCUGCUGCUGCCCGUGGGGAAACACCAGCAUCCUUGGCCCCUGGAACUUUGGAGUUGCUGCAAGAACUGCAGGCUGCUGCUGCCCGUGGGGAAACACCAGCAUCCUUGGCCCCUGGAACGUUGGAGUUGCUGCAAGAACUGCAGGCUGCUGCUGCCCGUGGGGAAACACCAGCAUCCUUGGCCCCUGGAACUUUGGAGUUGCUUCAAGAACUGCAGGCUGCUGCUGCCCGUGGGGAAACACCAGCAUCCUUGGCCCCUGGAACGUUCGAGUUGCUUCAAGAACUGCAGGCUGCUGCUGCCCGUGGGGAAACACCAGCAUCCUUGGCCCCUAGAACAUUGGAGUUGCUGCAAGAACUGCAGGCUGCUGCUGCCCGUGGGGAAACACCAGCAUCCUUGGCCCCUGGAACGUUGGAGUUGCUGCAAGAACUGCAGGCUGCUGCUGCCCGUGGGGAAACACCAGCAUCCUUGGCCCCUAGAACUUUGGAGUUGCUUCAAGAACUGCAGGCUGCUGCUGCCCGUGGGGAAACACCAGCAUCCUUGGCCCCUGGAACGUUGGAGUUGCUGCAAGAACUGCAGGCUGCUGCUGCCCGUGGGGAAACACCAGCAUCCUUGGCCCCUAGAACAUUGGAGUUGCUGCAAGAACUGCAGGCUGCUGCUGCCCGUGGGGAAACACCAGCAUCCUUGGCCCCUGGAACUUUGGAGUUGCUCCAAGGACUGCAGGCAGUUGCCCCACCAGGGGAAGUCCUACCAUCCUUGGCUCCAGGCCCCUUGGAAGGCCUUCAAGGAUUGCAGGCUGCUGCUGCCCCUAGGGAAGCCCAAGCCUCCUUGGCACCUGGAUCCUUGGGGCUCCUCCAAGCACUGCAGACUGCUGCUGCCCCUGGAGAAGCCCGAGGAUCUUUGCCCCCUGGAACCUUGGAGCUCCUCCAAGCACUGCAGGCUGCUGCUGCCCCUGGGGAAGCCCGAGCCUCCUUGGCUUCUAGCCCUUUGGGGCUCCUCCAAGAACUGCAAGCUGCUGCUGCCCCUGGAGAAGCCCGAGGAUCUUUGCCCCCUGGAACCUUGGAGCUCCUCCAAGCACUUCAGGCUGCUGUCACCCCUAGGGAAGCUCCAGCUUCCUUGGCUCCUGGCCCUUUGGGGCUCCUCCAAGCACUGCAGGCUGCUGCUGCCCCUGGAGGAGCCCGAGUAUCUUUGCCCCCUGGAACCUUGGAGCUCCUCCAAACAUUGCAGGCUGCUGUUCCCCCUGGGGAAACCCGAGCAUCCCUGCCCCCUGGAGCCUUGGAUCUAGUCCAAGCACUGCAAGCUGCUGUCCCCCGUAGGGAAGCCCCAGCCUCAUUGGCCCCUGGAGCCUUGGAGCUCAUCCAAGCACUGAAGGAUGCUGCUGCUGCCCCUGAGGAAGCCCAAGCAUCCUUAGCUCCUGGAGCCUUGGAGCUCCUCCAAAUUCUGCAGGCUGCUGCUGCCCCUGAAGAAGUUCCAGCCCCCUUGGCCCCUGGAGCCUUGGAGCUCAUCCAAGCACUGAAGGCUACUGGUGCUCCUGGGGAAGCCCCAGCACCCUUGGCCCCUGGAGCCUUGGAGGUUGUCCAAGGACUGCAGGCUGCCGCAGCCCCCGAAGAGGCCACAGCACCCUUGGCCCCUGGAGCCUUGGGGGUCCUCCAAGGACUGCAGGCUGCCGCAGCCCCCGGAGAAGUCCCAGCACACUUGGCCCCUGGGGCCUUGGGGAUUCCCCAAGGACUACAGGCCGCCCCCGGGGAAGCCCCAGCGCCCUUGGCCCCUGGAGCCUUGGAGCUCCUCCAAGCACUGCAGGCUGCCGCCGCCCCUGGGGAAGCCCCAGCGCCCUUGGCCCCUGGAGCCUUGGAGCUCCUCCAAGCACUGCAGGCUGCCGCCGCCCCUGGGGAAGCCCCAGCGUCCUUGGCCCCUGGAGCCUUGGAGCUCCUCCAAGCACUGCAGGCUGCCGCCGCCCCCGGGGAAGCCCCAGCGCCCUUGGCCCCUGGGGCCUUGGAGCUCCUCCGAGGACUGCAGGCUGCCGCCGCCCCCGGGGAAGCCCCAGCGCCCUUGGCCCCUGGGGCCUUGGAGCUCCUCCAAGCACUGCAGGCUGCCGCCGCCCCCGGGGAAGCCCCAGCGCCCUUGGCCCCUGGGGCCUUGGAGCUCCUCCAAGCACUGCAGGCUGCCGCCGCCCCCGGGGAAGCUCCAGCGCCCUUGGCCCCUGGGGCCUUGGAGCUCCUCCAAGCACUGCAGGCUGCCGCCGCCCCCGGGGAAGCCCCAGCGCCCUUGGCCCCUGGGGCCUUGGGGGUCCUCCAAGCACUGCAGGCUGCCGCCGCCCGUGGAGAAGCCCCAGCGCCCUUGGCCCCUGGGGCCUUGGGGGUCCUCCAAGCACUGCAGGCUGCCGCCGCCCCUGGGGAAGCCCCAGCGCCCUUGGCCCCUGGGGCCUUGGGGGUCCUCCAAGGACUGCAGGCUGCCGCCGCCCCUGGGGAAGCCCCAGCGCCCUUGGCCCCUGGGGCCUUGGGGGUCCUCCAAGGACUGCAGGCUGCCGCCGCCCCUGGGGAAGCCCCAGCGCCCAUGGCCCCUGGAGCCUUGGAGCUCCUCCAAGGACUGCAGGCUGCCGCCGCCCCUGGGGAAGCCCCAGCGCCCUUGGCCCCUGGGGCCUUGGGGGUCCUCCAAGGACUGCAGGCUGCCGCCGCCCCUGGGGAAGCCCCAGCGCCCUUGGCCCCUGGGGCCUUGGGGGUCCUCCAAGGACUGCAGGCUGCGGCCCCCCCUGGGGAAGCCCCAGCGCCCUUGGCCCCUGGGGCCUUGGGGGUCCUCCAAGGACUGCAGGCUGCCGCCGCCCCUGGGGAAGCCCCAGCGCCCUUGGCCCCUGGAGCCUUGGAGCUCCUCCAAGCACUGCAGGCUGCCGCCGCCCCUGGGGAAGCCCCAGCGCCCUUGGCCCCUGGAGCCUUGGAGCUCCUCCAAGCACUGCAGGCUGCCGCCGCCCCUGGGGAAGCCCCAGCGCCCUUGGCCCCUGGAGCCUUGGGGGUCCUCCAAGCACUGCAGGCUGCCGCCGUCCCUGGGGAAGCCCCAGCGCCCUUGGCCCCUGGAGCCUUGGAGCUCCUCCAAGCACUGCAGGCUGCCGCCGCCCCUGGGGAAGCCCCAGCGCCCUUGGCCCCUGGAGCCUUGGGGGUCCUCCAAGCACUGCAGGCUGCCGCCGCCCGUGGAGAAGCCCCAGCGCCCUUGGCCCCUGGAGCCUUGGGGGUCCUCCAAGGACUGCAGGCUGCCGCCGCCCCUGGGGAAGCCCCAGCGCCCUUGGCCCCUGGAGCCUUGGGGGUCCUCCAAGGACUGCAGGCUGCCGCCGCCCCUGGGGAAGCCCCAGCGCCCUUGGCCCCUGGAGCCUUGGGGGUCCUCCAAGCACUGCAGGCUGCCGCCGCCCCUGGGGAAGCCCCAGCGCCCUUGGCCCCUGGAGCCUUGGAGCUCCUCCAAGCACUGCAGGCUGCCGCCGCCCCUGGGGAAGCCCCAGCGCCCUUGGCCCCUGGAGCCUUGGAGCUCCUCCAAGCACUGCAGGCUGCCGCCGCCCCUGGGGAAGCCCCAGCGCCCUUGGCCCCUGGGGCCUUGGGGGUCCUCCAAGCACUGCAGGCUGCCGCCGCCCCUGGGGAAGCCCCAGCGCCCUUGGCCCCUGGGGCCUUGGGGGUCCUCCAAGCACUGCAGGCUGCCGCCGCCCCUGGGGAAGCCCCAGCGCCCUUGGCCCCUGGGGCCUUGGAGCUCCUCCAAGCACUGCAGGCUGCCGCCGCCCCUGGGGAAGCCCCAGCGCCCUUGGCCCCUGGGGCCUUGGAGCUCCUCCAAGCACUGCAGGCUGCCGCCGCCCCUGGGGAAGCCCCAGCGCCCUUGGCCCCUGGGGCCUUGGAGCUCCUCCAAGCACUGCAGGCUGCCGCCGCCCGUGGGGAAGCCCCAGCGCCCUUGGCCCCUGGGGCCUUGGGGGUCCUCCAAGGACUGCAGGCUGCCGCCGCCCCUGGGGAAGCCCCAGCACCCUUGGCCCCUGGGGCCUUGGGGGUCCUCCAAGGACUGCAGGCUGCCGCCGCCCCUGGGGAAGCCCCAGCACCCUUGGCCCCUGGGGCCUUGGAGGUCCUCCAGGCACAGCAGGCUGCUGCUGCCCCUGGGGAAGCCCCAGCACCCUUGGCCCCUGGGGCCUUGGAGGUCCUCCAGGCACAGCAGGCUGCUGCUGCCCCUGGGGAAGCCCCAGCACCCUUGGCCCCUGGAGCCUUGGAGCUCCUCCAGGCAUUGCAGGCUGCUGCCACCCCUGGGGAAGCUUCAGCAUCCUGGGCUGCUGCCCUCUUGGGGACCCUCCAAGCACUUCAGACUCCUGCUGCCCCUGGGGAAGCCCGAGCAUCCUUGGCCCCUGGUGCCUUGGAGGUUCUCCAGGCACAGCAGGCUGCUGCUCCCCCUAGGGAACCUUCAGUAUCCUGGGCUCCUGGCCCUUUAGGGCCCCUCCAAGCAUCCCAGGCUGCUGCUGCCCCUGGGGAAGCCCGAGCAUCCUUGGCCCCUGGUGCCUUGGAGGUUCUCCAGGCACAGCAGGCUGCUGCCCCCCCUAGGGAACCUUCAGUAUCCUUGGCCCCUGGCCCCUUGGGGCCCCUCCAAGCAUCACAGGUUACUGUUGCCCCAGAGCCACCUACAACGUCAUGGGCCCCUACAGCUCCUGGGGAACUCCAAAUGUCAUGGACCCCUACAAGCCCAGAAUUCCAAAUGUCAUGGGCCCCUACCACCCCAGGACAAUCCCAAAUGUCAUGGGCCCCUACAGCUAAUGAGGAACUUCAAAUGUCAUGGGCCCCUAAAGCCCCGGGGCAGCUCCAAAUGGCUUGGGCCUCUAAAGCCCCAGGGGAGUCACAAGGGACUACUAUGGGGCCACAACAGGUUCCUCCAACCAGUGUGGCCCCUGAGCAACCCCAAAUAUCAAGGCAGCCCAUUAGUUCUGCAAAGCUCCAAGCACCAUUGGAUUCUAGACAGCUUUCCACACUGGAUGUCCCUGUAGCCCCUGGGCAGCCCCCCACACUUGUGGCCUCUACUACCCCUGGACUGCCCCUGACGACAGCCCCUGCUGUCUCUGGACAGCCCCCCAUAUCUGUGUCUCAUGCUGUACCUGGACAACCUACAACAUUGUGGACCUCUGCUGUCCCUGGACAACCCCCAACAUUUGGGGCCCCUACAGCUCCUGGACAGCUCCCCACACUUGUGGCCCCUGCUGUUACUGGACAGCCCCCAACAUUGCAGCCCUCUGCUGUGCCUGGAAAGCCCCCAAUAUUGCAGCCCUCUGCUGCCCAAAGACAACUCCCCACACCUGUGGCCCCUGCUGUGCCUGGACAGCCCCCAACAUUGCAGCCUUCUGCUGUGCCUGGACAGCCCCCAACAUUGUGGUCCUCUGCUGUGCCUGGACAGCUGCCAACAUUGCAGCCCUCUGCUGCCCAAGGACAACCCCCCACACCUCUGUCCCCUGCUGUUCCUGGACAGCCCCCAACAUUGUGGCCCUCUGCUGUGCCUGGACAGCCCCCAACAUUGCAGCCUUCUGCUGUGCCUGGACAGCCUCCAACAUUGUGGCCCUCUGCUGUGCCUGGACAGCCCCCAACAUUGCAGCCUUCUGUUGCCCAAGGACAACCCCCCACACCCGUGGCACCUGCUGUGCUUGGACAGCCCCCAACAUGGCAGCCCUCUGCUGUGCCUGGACAGCCCCCAACAUUGCAGCCCUCUGCUGUGCCUGGGCAGCCCCCAACAUUGCAGCCCUCUGCUGCCCAAAGACAACUCCCCACACCUGUGGCCCCUGCUGUGCCUGGACAGCCCCCAACAUUGCAGUCCUCUGCUGUGCCUGGACAACCUCCAACAUUGCAGCCCUCUGCUGUGCCUGGGCAGCCCCCAACAUUGCAGCCCUCUGCUGCCCAAAGACAACUCCCCACACCUGUGGCCCCUGCUGUGCCUGGACAGCCCCCACCAUUGCAGCCUUCUGCUGUGCCUGGACAGCCCCCAACAUUGCAGCCCUCUGCUGUGCCUGGACAGCCCCCAACAUUGCAGCCCUCUGCUGUGCCUGGACAGCCCCCAACAUUGCAGCCCUCUGCUGCCCAAGGACAACUCCCCACACCUGUGGCCCCUGCUGUGCCUGGACAGCCCCCAACAUUGUGGCCCUCUGCUGUGCCUGGACAACCGCAAAUACCUAUAUUUCCUGCCAUACCUGAACAGCUCCCCAAACCUGUGGCCCCUGCUGUUCCUGGACAGCUCCCCACACCUCUGGAUCCUUCUGUGACUAAAUGGCCCCCCACAGCUGUGGCCCCUGCUGUGCCUGGACAGCCCCCAACACUUGUGGCUCCUGCUGUUCCUGGACAACCCUCAACAUUGUGGCCCUCUGCUGUGCCUGGACAACCCCCAACAUUUGUGGCUCCUGCUGUUCCUGGACAGCCCCCCACAUCUCUGGCUCCUGCUGUGCCUGGACAGGCCCCCACACCUCUGGCUCCUGCUCUGCCCGGACAACCCCCCACACCUGUGGCCCCUACUAUUCCUGGACAGCCCCCAACAUUGUGGCCCUCUGCUAUACAUGGAAAACCCCCAACACUUGUGGCUCCUGCCAUACCUGGACAGCCCCCCACACCUGUGGCAUCUGUUGUUCCUGGACAGCUUCCCACACCUCAGGAUUCUGCUGUGCCUAUGUGGCCCCCCACGGCUGUGACCCCUGCUGUGCCUGGACAACCCCCAACACUUGUGGCUCCUACUAUUCCUGGACAGCCCCCAACAUUGUGGCCCUCUGCUGUGCCUGGACAACCCCCAACAUUGUGGCCCUCUGCUGUUCCUGGACAGCCCUCCACACCUGUGGGCCCUGCUGUUACUGGACAGCCCCCCAUGCCUGUGGCUCCUGCUGUGCCUGGACAACCCCCCACAGCUGUGGCCCCUGCUGUGCCUGGACAGCCCCCAACAUUGUGGCCCUCUGCUGUGCCUGGACAACCCCCAACACUUGUGGCUCCUGCCAUACCUGGACAGCCCCCCACACCUCUGGCUCCUGCUGUGCCUGGACAGCCCCCCACACUUGUGACCCCUGCUGUUCCUGGACAGCCCCCAACAUUGUGGCCCUCUGCUGUGCCUGGACAACCCCCAACACUUGUGGCUCCUGCCAUACCUGGACAGCCCCCCAUAUCUCUGGCUCCUGCUGUGCCUGGACAGGCCCCCACACCUCUGGCUCCUGCUGUGCCUGGACAGUCCCCCACACCUAUGGCCUCUGCUGUUCCUGGGCAGCCCCCAACAUUGUGGCCCUCUGCUGCCCAAGGACAACCCCCCACAGCUGUGGCUCCUGCUGUUCCUGGACAGCCCCCAACAUUGUGGCCCUCUGCUGUGCCUGGACAACCCCCAAUACUUGUGGCUCCUGCUAUGCCUGGACAGCCCCCCAUACUUGUGGCCCCUAUUAUUCCUGGACAGCCUCCCACACCUCUGGUUCCUGCUGUGCCUGGACAGCCCCCCACACUUGUGGCUCCUGCUGUCCCUGGACAGCCCCCCAUAUCUGUGGCUCCUGCUAUUCCUGGACUGCCCCCAACACCUGUAGCCACUGCUGUGCCUGGACAACCCCCAACACUUGUGGCUCCUGCUGUGCCUGGACAGCCCCCUACAUCUGUGGCUCCUGCUAUUCCUGGACGGCCCCCCACACCUGUAGCCACUGCUAUGCCUGGACAGCCCCCCACACUGGUGGCCCCUGCUAUUCCUGGACAGCCCCCCACAUCUCUGGCUCCUGCUGUGCCUGGACAGCCCCCCAUAUCUAUGGCUCCUGUUAUUCCUGGACGGCCCCCCACACCUGUAGCCACUGCUGUGCCUGGACAACCCCCAACACUUGUGGCUCCUGCCAUACCUGGACAGCCCCCCCCACCUGUGGCCACUGUUGUGCCUGGACAGCCCCCCAUGCCACUGGUUACUGCUGUGCCUGGACAGCCCCCAAUAUUGUGGCCCUCUGCUGUGCCUGGACAGUCCCCAACAUUUGUGGUUCCUGCCAUACCUGGACAACCCCCCACACCUCUGUCUCCUGCUGUGCUUGCACAACCCUCAACAUUGUUGCCCUCUGCUGUGCCUGGACAACCCCCAACACUUGUGGCUCCUGUCAUACCCGAACAGCUCUCCACACCUGUGGCCCUUGCUGUUCCUGGACGGCCCCCCACACCUCUGGAUCCUGCUGUGCCUGGACAGCCCCCAACAUUGUGGCCCUCUGCUGUGCCUGGACAACUCCCAACAUUUGUGUCUCCUUCCACACCUGGACAGCUCCUCACACCUGUAGCCCCUGCUGUGCCUGGACAGCUCCCUAUAACUCUGGCUCCUGCUGUGCCUGGACAGCCUCCAACAUUGUGGCCCUCUGCUGUACCUGGACAACCCCCAACACUUGUGGCUCCUGGCAUACCUGGACGGCCCCACACACCUUUGGAUCCUUCUGUGCCUGGACAGCUCCCUAUAACUCUGGCUCCUGCUGUGCCUGGACAGCCUCCAACAUUGUGGCCCUCUGCUGUACCUGGACAACCCCCAACACUUGUGGCUCCUGGUAUACCUGGACAGCCCCACACACCUCUGGAUCCUUCUGUGCCAGGACGGCCCCCCACACCUCUGGAUACUGAUGUUCCUGGACAGUCCCCAACAAUGUGGUCCUCUGUUGUUCCUGGACAGCCCCCAACACUUGUGGCUCCUGCCAUACCUGGACAGCCUCCCACACCUCUGGCUCCUUCUGUUCCUGGACAGUCCCCAACACUGUGGCCCUCUGUUCUUCCUGGACAGCCCCCAACACUUGUGGCUCCUACCAUACCUGGACAGCCUCCCAAACCUGUGUCCCCUGCUGUUCCUGGACAGUCCCCCACACCUCUGGCUCCUGCUGUCCCUGGACAGCCCCCAACAUUUUGGCCCUCUGCUGUGCCUGGACAACCCCCAACACUUGUGGCUCCUGCCAUACCUGGGCAGCCCUCCACGCCUGCUGUUCCUGGACAGUCCCCCACAACUCUGGCUUCUGCUGUGCCUGGACAGCCCCCAACAUUGUGGCCCUUUGCUCUGCCUGGACAGCCCCCAACACUUGUGGCUCCUGCCAUACCUGGACAGCCCUCCACACCUGUGGCCCCCACUGUUCCUGGACAACCCCCCACACCUCUGGAUCCUGCUAUGCCUGGACAGCCCCCAAUAUUGUGGCCCUCUGCUCUGCCUGGACAGCUUCCAACAUUGUGGCCCUCUGCUGUGCCUGGACAACUACCAACACUUAUGGCUCCUUCCAUACCUGGACAGCCUAUCAUACCUGUGGCCCCUGCUGUCCCUGGACAACCCUCAAUAACUAUGACUCCUCCCAUACCUGGACAGCCCCCCCCACCAAUGGUCCCUGCUGUUCCUGGACAGGCCCCCACACCUCUGGAUCCUGCUAUGCCUAAAUGGCCCCCUACAUCUAUGGCCCCUGUUGUGCCUGGACAACCCCCAACACCUGUGGUUCCUGCCAUACCUGGACAACCCCCCACAUCUGUGGCUCCUGAUGUUCCUGGAUGGCCCCCAAAACCUCUGGCUCCUGCUGUUCCUGGACAGCCGCCCACACCUGUGGCCCCUGCUGUCCCAGGACGGCCCCCUACACCUGUGCUUCCUGGUAUGCCUGGACGGCCUUCCACACCUCUGGCUCCUGCUGUGCCUGGACAGGCCCCUAUACCUGGAGCACCUGCUGUGCCUGGAUGGCCCCCAACAUUGUGGCCCUCUUUAGCUCCAGAACAGCUCCCCACACCUGUGAUCUCUGCUAUACCUGGACAGCCCCCCAUACCUGGGGGUCUUGCUAUGCCUGGACAGCCCCCCACACCUGUGAUUCCUGCUAUGCCUGGAUGGCCUUCCACUCUUCUGGCUCCUGCUAUGCCUGGACAGCCCUCUAUACCUGGGGUGCCUGCUAUGCCUGGAUGGCCCCCAACAUUGUGGCCUUCUGUAGCUCCUGGACAGCUCCCUACAACUGGGGCUCCUACUAUACCUGGACAACCCCCCACAUCUGUGGCCCCUGCUAUACCUGGACAGGCCCCCACACCUAUGGCUUCUGCUGUUCCUGGACGGCCCCCCACACCUGUUGCCCCUGCUGUUUCUGGACAGCCCCCCACACCUGUGGUUCCUGCUAUGCCUGGAUGGCCUUCCACUCUUCUGGCUCCUGCUGUGCCUGGACAGCCCCCUAUACCUGGGGUGUCUGCUGUUCCUGGAUGGCCCCCAACAUUGUGGCCUUCUGUAGCUCCUGGACAGCUCCCUACAACUGGGGCUCCUACUAUACCUGGACAACCCCCCACAUCUGUGGCCCCUGCUAUACCUGGGUGGCCCCCCACACCUGUGGCUACUGCUGUUCCUGAACGGCCCCCUACACCUAUUGCCUUUGCUGUCUCUGGACGGCCCCCCACACCUGUGGCCCCUGCUGUUCCUAGAGGGCCCCCCACACCUGGGCCCCCUGUUGUCCCUGGACAGCCCCCCACAUCUGUGGUCCCUGCUAUUCCUGGAGGACCCCCCAAUCCUAUGACUCCUGCUGUACUUGGUCAAUCCCCAUUAUUGUGGCCCUCUACAGUGCCUGGAGAGCCCCCAACAUUGUGGCCUUCUGCUGUACCUGGACAGCCCCCAACAUUGUGGCCUUCUGCUGUACCUGGACAGCCCCCAACAUUGUGGCCCUCUUCUGUGCCUGGACAGCCACCUAUACCUGAAGUUCCUGCUUUGCCUGGACAGCCCACAACACUGUGGCCCUCUGCUGUGUCUAGGGAACCCCCCAUACCUGUGGCUCCUUCUGUUCCUGGACAGCCCCCAACAAUUUGGCCCUCGGCUGUGCCUGGACAGUCCCCAACACUGUGGCCCUCUUCUAUGACUGGACAGCUACCGGUACCUGUAGUUCCUGCUGUGCCUGGAGAGCUCCCUAUACCUGUGUCUCCUUCUGUGCCUGGACAGCCUCCAACACUGUGGCCCUCUGCUCUUCCUGGACAACCUCCAAUAUUAUGGCCCUCUGCAAUGCCUGGACAGCCCCCUGUACCUGCAAUUCCUUCUGUGCCUGGAGAGCUCCCCAUACCUGUGUCUCCUUCCAUGCCUGGACACCCCCCAACACUGUGGCCCUCUGCUGUGACUGGACAGCCCCCAACAUUGUGGCCCUCUGCUGUGCCUGGACAGCCUCCAACAUUGUGGCCCUCUGCUGUGCCUGGACAGCCCCCAACACUGGGGCCCUCUGCUGUACCUGGACAGCCCCCAACACUGGGGCCCUCUGCUGUACCUGGACAGCCCCCAACACUGUGGCCCUCUCCUGUACCUGGACAGCCCCCAACACUGGGGCCCUCUGCUGUACCUGGACAGCCACCAACAUUGUGGCCCUCUUCUGUACCUGGACAGCCACCAACAUUGUGGCCCUCUUCUGUACCUGGACAGCCACCAACAUUGUGGCCCCCUACUGCUCCUGAGGAAACCUAUAUGCCACAGUUGUUUCCUUCUUCUAGACAGUCUUCAAUGCUGGUCCCACCUACACAAUGGCCACUGAAGACAUUGGUUCCUGAUAGUCUUAGACAGUCUCUAACAUCAGGGCGACCUUCUGCCAUUGAAAAACCCAGAACAGACUUGGGCCCAUCUUUGCGACAGUCACUCAAGACAUCAGUUCCUGAUAGUCUUAGACAGUCUCUUACAUCAAGGCGACCUUCUGCCCUUGAAAAACCCAGAACAGACUUGGACCCACCUACGCGACAGUCACUUAAGACAUCAGUUCCUGAUAGUCUUAGACAGUCUCUAACAUCAGGGAGACCUUCUGCCAUUGAAAAACCCAGAACAGACUUGGAACCACCUACUCGACAGUCACUUAAGACAUCAGUUCCUGAUAGUCUUAGACAGUCUCUAACAACAGGGCAACCUUCUGCCCUUGAAAAACCCAGAACAGACUUGGACCCACCUACAUCUCUGAAGCCAGUUUCAGGUCCUUCUGCCCCAAAGUUUGAGAAGCCCCUGUUCCCUUCCAUUUAUGGAAAACCCCCAACAGAACGGCCCCCAGGAAUGUUGAAGAAAAUGCAGCCUUUCCCCCCCAAAAAGGUAGAGACUGGUUACAAGGCACUAUCACCUCAACCAUCUGCCCUUGCUGAGCAAUACUUUCCUGCCUUUAUGUUUCCAAAAUCACCACCUCCACCAUCUACUCAGAUUCUUCAAAUGCCACUGUCUUCUACCCCAAAGGUCCAGAAAGUCUAUCUCCCUCCUAUAGAAGCCAAGCUCCUGACUUUUCCCUCUCGUGUAGUGACUGACAAAGCGAAGACUGAGAAACCCAUGACAAGAGUGCCCCCUUCCUCUCCUGGAGACCACUUUGCUGCUCUUCUUCCUGAGGAAAACCGAUACUUUAUUGAUGUUGAGAAUCAAAAGAAGAACUUGAUAAUCCUUGGCCAAGCAGCAGAAGGUCUUCAAUUGCCCAUGAAGCUGAAUCACAAAGCUAAGGAACUUGUAAAUGAGACCCAUUAUACGAAUCUAAUCAGGUUGGGACACUUGUUCCGCAAGUACAUUGCCUAUAGGCUGAUCCAGAGUGCCAGGCAAAACAUAACCAAUCGAGUAAAAAUCAUCAGGAAUGCUGGGAAAGGCAACGAAUCUCAGGUCCUAUACCUGUUUUUGAGUAGAAUUGAUGCCUAUCAGAAAAAAGUGAUGGAGAGAUGGACAACGAAGCAAAAGAUUUUGGAACAUAAUCGCAAUUUGUGCACAACAAAGAUGCUAAACUUAUAUGGCCAGAUCCAAAAGGCUUAUAACCUGAAACUUCAUUGUCCAAUAUCCUUGAUCAUCCACAAAAAGGAGCCAGAACAUCCUUUGAAACCUGUCUGCUUUAAACAUGUGGUCCGAUGGCCACUACCAGAAAAGUGGGAAAAGGACAAAGCACCUGAAGUAUUAAAAUUUGAGAAACAGCAGGACAGUAUUGAGGCCAUUUGGCGUGCUGAUUUAUCUAUCUCCAGUUUCCCAAUUGAAGAAAAGACACCUAUAAAAUUACUUUGGGACCAAGUCGGUGGAUACCCAGAUAUUCCCAGGCUGCUGGAAUUAGAUGUUCAUUCCACUCUCAACAAAUCUCUUGAAUCAAUUCAAUCAAGAUUUCGGAAUAGACCCAAGUAAACAAAGAAAUUAACUCAGGCUUCAGAAUAUGCCCAAGAACAUCAAGAAAUGAAAUCAAGCUUAUGCAAGAAGCUCCACCUCUAAGGAGUGCCAAGGACAUAAUCAUUCUCAAAACUAAGGUAUGGAAGCCCAAAGAAUGGAAGGCCAAGACUAGGGAUGAAGCUAGAAGACUGAAAGGGCCUGAAUUGGUGGGAACUUGAUUUGCUGCUGAUUCAUUUGAGACUUUCUACAGGAAGGAGAGAAUCACCCACUAGCAAACUGGUGCUAGGAUGGGGCUUCCCUCAGCCUCUCAGAGUCAAAAAUCCCUAGAAUAAAAAAGCAUAAAUAAAUAAACCUUCUCAAGCUCUUUGUAGUGGUUGAGUCAAUAAAUGUGCCUCAGACCCCGUAGAUAAGACCCCUUUCCCCAAAGGAAGAGGGGAAAUGUUCACAGUAAGGAACCAGUCCCUGACAGGAAAUGAGUCCAACCAACUCCUCGAA